UUGCUGGCUGAGGUGGAAAUCCCAAAUAUUCAGAAGCAGAGGAAACAUUUAGCAAAGUUGGUGUUGGAUAUGGAUUCGUCACGAACAAGGUGGCAGCAGACGUCGAAGUCUUUAGGUUUGUCCGGCAGCUUGCAGCCCGCAGGUGCCAAAGCUGACGCCCUCAGGGAAGAGAUGGACGAGGCCGCCAACCGAGUGGAGAUUUGCAGGGGACUCUUCCGGGUGGCGCCGUCUGCCUCCAAGUUGAAGAAGCUAAAAGCCGCCCUGGACUGCUGUGUGGUCGAUGUGCAGGAGUACUCAGCAGACCCCCAUGCAAUUGCAGGAGCUUUGAAAUCUUACCUCCGAGAGUUGCCAGAACCUCUUAUGACCUUUGAACUCUAUGACGAGUGGAUUCAGGCUUCCAAUAUUCAGGAGCAAGACAAGAGGCUUCAGGCGCUGUGGAAUGCUUGUGAAAAAUUGCCCAAGGCCAAUCACAACAACAUCCGAUACUUGAUCAAAUUUUUAUCCAAGCUAUCAGAAUAUCAAGAUGUGAACAAGAUGACUCCCAGCAACAUGGCAAUUGUGUUAGGCCCCAACUUGCUGUGGCCGCAAGCAGAAGGGAACAUCACGGAGAUGAUGACCACGGUUUCACUGCAGAUUGUCGGGAUUGUCGAACCCAUCAUCCAGCAUGCAGACUGGUUCUUCCCUGGAGAGAUAGAGUUCAACAUCACAGGGAAUUAUGGGAGUCCGGUACACGUGAACCACAACGCCAACUAUAGCUCAAUGCCCUCCCCAGACAUGGACCCCACUGACCGUCGCCAGCCCGAGCAGAUCCGCCGGCCCCUCAGCGUCGCCACGGAUAAUAUGAUGCUGGAGUUUUACAAAAAAGAUGGCGCUUCGAAAAGCAAGGAGCUUUCUCCUGGAUCUGGGCAGAAAGGAAGUCCAGGCUCCAGCCAGGGGACGCCCUGUACGGGGACCCAGCCAGGGGCCCCGCCAGGCACCAGCCCCAGCCAGCCGCCCCCAGACCAGAGCCCUCACACUCUUCGGAAAGGUACGUCACCGCCACCCUUCGCGUGGGUCUCGGGCCUGGGACACUGCCUGGACGCUCGUGUCCCUCGGCGGGCGUGGAUAUUGAGAAACCGCGGACUUAGCGAGACGUCCCUGGGCCGGGCGUGA